AAUGAAGAAAAGCUAUUGAUCGAAAUUGUGCACAUUUAAUUUUUUUUAUAGUAUAAAAAUAUUGGUUUCAAUUGUGGCUUAAAAAGAAAACACUUUUCUGGUAGUCCAGUGUGUAUUGGUGGUCCAGUGGACAAUGCUGAUCUGCUUGGGUCAAUAUACGACAGGGUUUCUACUUUGUUGUUCAAUCUUGCUCCGAUUGCAUCUUAACAUUCUGAAGUAUGUGUCGCGUCAUUUCCACUAGGAACACGGAUAAUUCAUAGAUAGUUUACACAAGAAAUUCAUAAGUGAAGAAGAGUCUGCAGUAUAAUAAGGUUCGCUUACUGGUUAUAUGAAAUGCUGAGGCGUACCAAAUUGGAUUUAACCCAUUUUUGCCGGCUAUCUUGCUACUCAUGGGCAGUAACUUUGAAAAUUCACCAGUUCCCAAUUGCUUAUACACGUAUACACUUGAAAAUCGGUAAAUUUUCCGUUUUUUUUUUUUUUUUUUUAACAUACCGUCGUUGACUCCAUAUUGCAAAUACAGUAUAGUUGUAUAGCUGUGCACUAUCGCUGGUUCAACUGGAAACAAGAUAGACUGUCUUUGUUAAUUUUUACUUGCAAGAAGUGCGUGCAGCUAUCUCCAUAUGACUUUAUUUCGCUUUAUGAAGCAUAUAGUCGAAAAUAUGCUGUCAACACCGUAACUGACUGACGCCUCUCCGUCCCGUUUUUCAGUCUAAUUUCAAGGGAUGUAGAACGUUGGCAACAAUAUAUCCAGCAUGAUAGAUAAAACGUUACUGGUCCCACAGGCGAUUAACAACUGCGGCGUUAUCACAGUUUAGGCUACUAUCAAUUAAAAAUUAAGUGAACUGCUAAAAAGGCAAAGAAAAUAUUUCUUCCUAUGAUGGGUUCGUACGUGCAGAAAUCACUAUGUUCAUUUAACAACAGACUACAUAUCUCGCCAACAUAAACUAAUAACCCUUAAUUAUCUACCUCAACUAAAUAUCUACUUUUAAAUGUCUAGUACAUUUUCAAAUUCUCUGUUUUUUCCCUAGUCCGUGAUGAUGAACAAGUUUACCGGCAAAACAACUUUAUUAUUGCCCUCGUCAUCGUGUUCGCAUAAUCUGAUCCAUUCGGAUUUUUUUGCCCCUGUUCACACAUGGCCACCUGCUUGAUGCUGUAGCUAUUUCUAUCCGCUCUUCAGUCCAUUCUUCGGGCUUUCGACUAAAUUUUGUAUUAUCGGCAUUGCUUCCGUUCACUUCCUAGCUAAUUUGCGACUGUUCCUCAUCGUGUUUCGCCUCAUCGCGACUGUCGCCUGCCGUGUUGCAGUUCGAGUAGCAGCAAUAUCCCAACUUGCGAAUUGCUCCGCCACUGCAAAAUCUUCCUCCCGUGGGGUGUUAAACAACGUUUAUUCAGAAUCCUCCCGAUUGUCAUCGUCGCCAACGCCGUCACCUCUGCCACCGCUACCGCCAUCUUCUCGUAGCCCCCAGAGCCCCGUUAUCCGCAUUGCUUUCUACACUUCGUAUAUGCUCGCUCCAGCGUUUCCCAGCCCCACUGCCGGCACUGACAGCGAUAGUCAGCUUAUGAUCUCGCGCACCAUAUUUUGCUGUAGCGCACCAUGUCACGGUGCUCAGAUCGUCCGAUGGAUAACGGCGGAGAGAGAAAGGUGCACAGCGGCGUGGCUCUAACUGUUGUUAUACAGUCGCCGUAAUGUCUAUUACAGCAGACCUGCGUUGUUACGCUGUUAACGAAAAAGGUUCAUUUUGACGGCGAAGGUUCACUGUCGACAUUGUCGACGUUCACGGCUUUGUCGUGAGAGAGAAAGAAGGGGCUUUUGGAUCGAAAAUAUUUUUUUUCGUUCUCCUCUUUCCCUCUGUAUAUACGUUCUCCUUUCCCACUACAUUUCCUCUCAAACCUUUCGUUCUUCCUUCUCUUCUCUUCUGUCGUGGCGCCAACUAGCGCAUGACCACUAGCUGGCUGACGUACGGCUUUUUUGCUUUUUAGGCCCUUAGUUUCGUUAUACAAUCUUCCCUCUAAUUGUUGUUGAUGGUAAGCGGGAGCAGCGCUGAGUGGUGGCGUCCCGGCCCUCGCCAACGUGAGGCACUCGCCCCUCGGCACUCGAACGAAGGGCCAACUGCGGCCAGCCAUCGUGCCUCUGCUAUCGUUGACCGUUCUUAAUGGGUCCUUCUUUCUCCUUCUCCUUUGUCGAUAAAGGCUCACGUGAGCCCAUAAGGCGAGACAGUCGGCGUUGUCACCCAGACGAGUUCCUGUACUUCUCGUCGUUCUCGGGUUUUUGUGCCCUCAUCAUCGUUGCAGCAUUUUUUGUCGUGGCGAUGGUAAUACUGGUUGUGUCUUCAUUUUAGAAGUGCCCUCGUGAGUGGUAAAAUAAACUUUAAUAGAAAUAGUGGCAGGUCUAUUAUUAGCUGUGUGUCGCGACCUUCCACUCCAUUGAUCAUACUGUUCCUGUAUCGCCGGCUGCGUUCGUGCUACCACCAUGGCCGUACGCGGCCUCUUUUUUUGGUGUAUAUCCCCAGUGCUUUUUGUGCUGUGCUCGGUGUGUUUAAGCAGUUUGGUUGUGGAGGCAAAGGAUGCUCUUAAAACACAGGGUGGAAGCUGGAAGCCUAUUGUGACGGAUCCGAAGACAGGAAAAGAUGUAGCGAUCAAAGUUACCGAAAAAGAGGUGCUCACUAAGACGCCACCAAAGGGUAUUGAUCCUAAGAAAAUUAGUACAGAUGUUAAGACGGAUCGUUCUGGGCGAGUGUUAGCAGAGCAGGGCAACAGCGCCUCAAACGCGUUUUAUGUAUGGCUUCCUACGGAUAUCCUCAAUAUGGACAAUCGUCCACAACAAUUACAUAGAUCCCAAGGUGCAAGUAACUUCCGAAGACCUCAGGGUGGACCCUCGUUCAAUCAUCAUAACCCAAGCAAUUUCGGUCCCCAGCAAGGUAAUCACGGCAGCUUUGGUCUUCAAGGUCAUUCACGCAGGCCACUACCUGGACCCUCUCCCCAGCAAUUCGUUCCGCCAAGUUCAAAUCGGCACAAUCCAAACUAUUUGCCGGAUCAAGGUGCUGACGUACAGCCCGGAGGCGUUCGUAUCUACAGUGGAUUCCGACCGAUUCCCAAUCCGCAAAGUUAUAACCGUCCUCAACCAGCCUAUCAGCCGCCACCCGGAGCCGCACCAAAUCCCGUUCAACAUCAUCAGUCGCUUCAACAAGGACCCCAGAUAUACAUACCUCAACAAGAAAUUCCGCGACCAAACCCUCAAAGCUACCAUGGACCUCGCGCAGAAAACGGCCAUCAGUAUCAUCAUCCACCUGUUCCUCAGCAAUAUCACUCACCCCCGCUGCAGCAGUAUCACGCACCUCCCCAGCCAGCUGUUAACCAGCCGCCUGUAAAAGCUCCAGGUAGCAGCGGAUAUGGCGCUUCCGACCUUGAUGAUGAUGACCUUCCGGAACCGGGCUACGGAGCCGCCCCACGGCCUCAACAACCGCCAGCACCAGCGCCAUCUCAACCCAGUUACGGAAAUUCACAUCGCCCACCAACGCCAGAAUACAAUCAGCAGCCUCAACCACAGUUUGGCCUCGCAGCUCCACCUCCGCCUCCGCCACAAUCUGAACGUGGUUACGGCACCCCUGCCCGCCGACCUUCGUCAUACGGUCAACCUCCUUCAGCUCCUCAGUUCCAUUCUCCUGUACCGGCUCCUCAGCCCCAAUUGCGCCCAUCGUCGCAGCCACAGUUCAAAGCACACGACGCCACUCCACGUCCGGUAGGCAUCGUUUCGGCGCGCCCACAGUCUCCACCGUAUAACCAUGCUCAAUCCCCAAUUCAACCACAGCCGCCCCAGCAAGUACCUCCGCAUUAUAAGCCUGUGAACGCUGCGCCAGUACAGAGGCCACCUGCAGGCAAUGGGGGCUAUGGACGACCUGAGCCAUUCGAAGAAGACGACUACCCUGUAACGAGACCAGUUACCAUAGCGCCCUCUACAGAAUAUUAUCCAGGCACCGUGUCACCCGGAGGUCAUCAGGCCACAGCAGCUGAAGAGGCCGGUGUUGGAGUCAUCGAGCCACGUUCGGCUGCCACCUGUGCAGCGACUUCGAGACCAACCGUGCGAAGUACCUCAUCUCUUCGCGAAAUCGCUAGUGAGCUUCGGGCCGAUCUUAUUUUCAACGAAUUCGGUGUUUCCGACACUGAUAUUUUGUCUGCAGCAAAUCAAGACGGCCAAUACACGAUUUUCCUGCCGGCAAACGAGGCUCGACUGUUCACCAAUCCUGAACUGCUAGCGUAUUGGCGUCAGGAUCGCGAUUCGCUGAUGCGAACUCUGACGAACCACCUGGUAGCCGGACAAAUUUCUCUGGAUCAACUUCGCAAAGGAGGAUCGUAUGUCAGCCGAACCGGCCAGAAUGCCGUACUCAAUGCACGUGGACAUGAUGAUGGAACAGUUACAGUCAAUGGCCAACGCGUUAUCUAUGCCGACAUAACAGUACCGAAUGGAGGCCUGCUGCACAUCGUUGGCGGAUUUUUGCAUCCGAUAGCUGACAAGGACAUCAUUCCAUUGGUGCAGGACUGCGGCAAAUACGACGGAUUCGUCACUCUGGCUGCUGGAACAGGAUUUAAUCAGGAACUGCAGGGCAGUCCUGGUGGUUAUACGUUAUUCUUACCGAGUAACGACGCACUGUCCAAGGUGCCGAAGGACGAACUCGAUGUUAUUCGAACAAACACAACCGCUCUCCGGGAGUUCCUCCGCUAUCACGCUGCUGAGGGCAUCCAUUUUUCUCACAAUCUUCGUGAUGGCCAAUAUCUGACUUCGCUGCAUAACAAGACUCCACUGCGCGUUAGCGUUAACACCGAUGGGUGCAGGCGACGACUCUAUGAAGUGAAUAAUUCACCGUUAUAUCGCGCCGACAUCCCGGCAUCGAAUGGCGUCGUUCACGUUAUCGAUUGGGUUUUGCUACCGAGUGACCACAGGUGGUGCAGUAACGUUAUUUUGCCUUAGAUUCGAAAUUAUGCAAAAACUUGAAAAUGCCUAUUAACCUAUGAACGUUUGGUGCAGAGUGAUGUGAAAUGAUAAUACUGUAUGGGUCCACCCUUUCGAUCGGUGCAUUAGAAACGCUAUAAGAGAAAAAUAACCUAGGACUCGAGCAGGGUCUGUCUCGAGGUAGCAAAACUAGUUAAUAAGUUUUAUUAAAUUAAGUUUAACAGCGAAUAGAGGAGAUUGAAAAGUUAAGUAGUCAAACUGAGAAAUAGGAGAACUAGUUAACAAGUUCCAUGAAAUUGUGUCUGACAACGAAUAUAGGAGAAUGCAAAACUUGAGAACCUAAAUAGUCAAACGUCAUAAUUUAUCGUGACCAUCCCUGAAGAUUAAUAUCAAGCACGCUUCUGAGUGUCAGAAUUUCAUCAAUGAGAUUUACAUAUAUUUUCAAUUGUCUGUUCUUAUAUGGUCCCUGUGCAUGAGUGUCGCCUGCAUGUGGUUUUGUCGAAUUGUCAAUGAGUUAGAUUAUGUAGGAAAUGUAACUUAUGGAGCGAUAUGGAGGCGAGGUCAUUUAUGGCGUCUACCUCAAAGUGCUUCGAGCUCACGUCUAAUACUGUUGUUAAAGCACAUGGCUUCGGGCCAGUUUCAAACCCACAACACCACCCCACGGGUACUUAAAAUUAGUAGGUAAAGACCACUAAACCAUCAUGGGGGUGCCACGUCAUGGAAUCAUCUUUGUACUUCUUUCCCAUGAUCCCUCCACUACAGCGGUGUUUUCUAUACACAGACUCGAUAAUAAUGUUUGGUGUACUACCGUAAAGUGUGCCAAUGUGAGUGAUAGGUAAGCGAGCAAAAAGGUAAAAAACAAAAACUUUUUUAGUCCAUUCCAAUCACUGCCAUCCGCUGCUGAUAUAUCGAGACAACGGCAAAAGAAAAAAACACAAAAAAGAAGAGGAAAAACAUUAAAAACACAAAAAGUCGGGUGUGGCAAUUGUAGAAUUACUGCAAUAUAAAGGACGCGUUUUUAACAUUGAAAACAACUAGCCCGCCGUGUAUACCGCUGCCAUAGUUAAUUGUGUGUGUAUGUGUGUAUGUGUGUGUGUGAAUGCAAUGAAAUUCUGAAAAUGUUUGGCUUUGUUAUGAUGAUUAUUAUAAAAGUGAGAGACUGAGCGCGCAUGGAAAACUCAUGGAAACAGAGGAAAAAGGUGAGUGAAAAUUAGCUGUAAGGUCAGGUAAAAUUCUUGUUACAAAGGUAACCCUCAGCAAAAACAACAGGAUGAAAGAAAUGACAAUAUAGGCGCCUAUCGGGCGAACGCGCAAUGUACAGGACUUUGUACAUACUGUUUUUCUAUAUGACCUUCUUCACUGAAGCUUUUUUUCUACUUAUCUAGAUACGUAACUGCUACGAAACUAAAACUCUGCUACCACAAUGGUAGGUAGCUCAUUAUAUUAUUAGGUGGAAAGAUGGGUAAAAUUCCACGAACGUUUAAUGGGUAUGCGCUGUGGAAAAUGUGUGAAGGACGAUCGCAGGGCCGAUCACAUAGUGAAUAAGUAUUGAGUACUUAAUGUUUACGAGAAAAAC